AUGUUGGGAUUCUUUCUCUUUCCUUCUUUUUCUGACACUCACUUUCUUUUGUUCUCUAUUUUUCUUUCUAUUUCUCUCUCAUUCUUUCUUUUUCAUCUCUUUGUCUCUCUUUGUUUCUCUAUCUUUCUUUCUCUACACCUGUCUCUUGCUUUCCUUCUCCUCUUCUUGAUUUCUCUUUUUAUCCAUUGUUCUCUCUCUCUCUCUUUCUUUCUUUCUUUCUUUCUUUCUUUCUUUCUUUCUCCUUGUCUUGAUCUAUCACUUUUUAUUUCCUUUUUUUCCAUUUUUCUUCUUUUUGAUCUGUUUAUUUCCCUCCUUCUUUGUUUGGUUGUUUGUGUUUCUCUUUCUUUCUUUCUUUCUUUCUUUCUUUCUUUCUUUCUUUCUUUCUUUCUUUCUUUACCUAAAUCUUUUCUCUCUGUCCUCUAUUUCUUCUUAAUUCUACACAUUUCUUCUUUCUUUCUUUCUUUCUUUCUUUUUGUGUUUAUUUAUUUUAUCUCCAUUUCAAUUUCUUUCUUUCUAUCUUUCUUUCUUUCUUUGUCCUUGUCCUUUCUUUCUUUCUUUCUUUCUUUCUUUCUUUCUUUCUUUCUUUCUUUUCUCUCUGUCCUCUAUUUCUUUUUAAUUCUACACAUUUCUUUCUUUCUUUCUUUCUUUCUUUCUUUCUUUCUUUCUUUCUUUCUUUCUUUCUUUCUUUCUUCGUCCUUGUGUUGA